CUUUGUUCGCUGCCGGCUCUGCUUUGACUCCAUCUGCAAAUGGAAAGGUUUAAAAUCUUCCUUUUGACAGUGGCAGUGAGUGUACAAGUAACAUCUCAAGACAGCACUGGUGAACCUCUUAUUCAGAUUUCCAAGCCAGACAUAACUCUGAAUCCAUCUCAUGCGGUGCUGUACAGCACAGAGACAGUCACUCUGCACUGUGAGGUCCCUGAGGAACCACCAGGGUUACAAUAUGACUGGUACAAGGACUCAGCUGAUCUUAGUGAACAUCAGCCCAACAUCACUGCGAGAGGCAGUGGAAAAUAUGAAUGCAAAGCAAAAAAAGGAGCUUCUGAGUCAGAAAAAAGUACUAGUUAUGCUUUAACUCUAAAAGAACCGCCUGAACCACAAAUCCGGUCUAAUUGGACAGAAGCGUUUCUUGGGGAAAAAGUGUCUUUGCAGUGUGUGAUUCAAGGUGUUUCAGAAAACUGGAAUUAUAUGUGGUUCAAGGACUCAAGCAAAAUCGUCUCCAGUGGUGAAACAAACAUACAAGGAAACACUCUCACACUCUCAGUGAAGUCCAGUCAUGACGGGGCCUAUAUGUGUCAAGCUGAGCUGCAGGGCAGAAAGGUGACGACUGCAAAAAGCAAACCACAUUUGUUAACAUUUAAAGAACUGCCUCAGCCGAAAUUGUCAAUAGAGUCUCAAUGGAAUAUGUUUUACCCAACUGAGAGGGUGACUCUGACGUGUUCAGUUGAUGAAGAGUCAAAUGAUUGGGGCUAUGAAUGGUUUAAAAACAGAAAUUUGCUUAAAGAGGAUGAGGACAUUUCCUUUCCUGGAAACACACUCUCCAUCAGCUCAGCAAAAGCAGGUCAUUCAGGACAGUACACCUGCAGAGGAAAACAUCUGACGAGAACAUCGGUGACUACAAGAGAAACUGAAGCUGUGCAACUUCAUAUUCAGGAACCGCCUGAACCACAAAUCCGGUCUGAUUGGACAGAAGCAUUUCUUGGUGAAAAAGUGUCUUUGCAGUGUGUGAUUCAAGGUGUUUCAGAAAACUGGAAUUAUAUGUGGUUCAAGGACUCAAGCAAAAUCGUCUCCAGUGGUGAAACAAACAUACAAGGAAACACUCUCACACUCUCAGUGAAGUCCAGUCAUGACGGGGCCUAUAUGUGUCAAGCUGAGCUGCAGGGCAGAAAGGUGACGACUGCAAAAAGCAAACCACAUUUGUUAACAGUUAAAGACAUCACACCAAAACCAACCAUUACAAGACAUGAGUGGUUUGAAUUUUUCUACACUGAGGAGCGAGUCCAGCUUAAAUGUAACAUGCCAGGAGUAGGUUGGGAAUACCACUGGUAUAAAGACUCAAACCUUCGGAUCACAAAUCCAGAAUUCACUAUUGACGCAGUAUCUCUGGAUGACAGUGGUUAUUAUCUCUGCAAAGCACAGAGAGGAGACUUCUCAGUGGACAGUGAGAUGCUACAAGUGCAAGUUCAGAAAUCGCCUGAACCACAAAUCCGGUCUAGUUGGACAGAAGCGUUUCCUGGUGAAAAAGUGUCUUUGCAGUGUGUGAUUCAAGGUGUUUCAGAAAACUGGAAUUAUAUGUGGUUCAAGGACUCAAGCAAAAUUGUCUCCAGUGGUGAAACAAAAAUACAAGGAAACACUCUCACACUCUCAGUAAAGUCCAGUCAUGACGGGUCCUAUUUGUGUCAAGCUGAGCUGCAGGGCAGAAGGGUGACGACUGCAAAAAGCAAACCACAUUUGUUACCAGUCCAUGGAUCACAGCCAACAAUCCUUCUGCAGCAAGAUCCAUCACACCCAGUGAUAUACACGGGAGAACAAGUCAAACUCACUUGUAGCAUUCAAGAAAAGACUUCAAAAUGGCAAUAUCUUUGGCAAAAAGAUUCACAGCAAGUAAACACAGACAACAAUCCCAUUUACACUAUUAAAAAUGCUACAUGCUCUCAAAAAGGGGAAUACACUUGUCAAGUAAGAAGGGGAGAGAUGACAUAUGCAAAGUCUACAAUAUUGACAAUAAGAGAGCCACCUAAACCAAAACUGUCAAUAGCGCCUGAAUGGAAUAUGUUUUACCCAACUGAGAAAGUGACUCUGAAGUGUUCAGUUGAUGAAGAGUCAAAUAAAUGGGUCUAUGAAUGGUUUAAAAACGGAACUCGGCUUCUCAAGGAUAAAGACACUUCCUUUUCUACAAACAUGCUCUCCAUCAGCUCAGCAAAAGCGGGUCAUUCAGGACAGUACACCUGCAGAGGAAAACAUCUGAUGAGAACAUCGGUGACUACAAGAGAAACGGAAGCUGUGCAACUUCAUAUUAAAGGCAUCACACCAAAACCAACCAUUACAAAACAUGAAUGGUUUGAGUUGUUCUACACUGACGAGAAAGUCCAGCUUGAUUGUAACAUGCCAGGAGAAAGUUGGGAAUACCACUGGCAUAAAGACUCAAAUCCUCUGAUCACAAAUCCAACUCACACUAUUGACGCAGUAUCUCUGACUGACAGUGGUAACUAUCACUGCAAAGCACAGAGAGGAGACUUCUCAGUGGACAGUGAGACUUUACAAGUGCGAGUUCAAGCUCGUCCACCUGCAUUUCUGAGUCUGGAGACUGAACUGAGCGACAUCAUGACAGGGGAUAUGACUCUCCGGUGUAACGUCUCAGACGGCAGACAGUGGAACUACACCUGGUACAUGAACGGACAGCAGCUCAAUGGAUCCUCGGAUGUACUCAAAGUGACAGGAAAUGAAGAAACAAUCAAAAGUGAAUUCAAGUGCAAGGGCAUAAACACAGUGAGACCGCUGUACUCCGCUCUGAGUGACGGCUUCAUAGCCAAUAAUAUUUUAUUUAAAAGAAAAAUACUGCUGGCCAUCUCAGGAUGUCUCGUCUGUUGUAUUGUAAUCCUGAUCAUUGGAUGCAUCGUUCUAAAAAUCACCCGUAAACCAGAGGUAAAAGAAACAGCACCAGAGGAUUUGUUUUUCUCAAUGACAGACUCCAAGAACCAAACUAUUUCACCCAUGAAGGAGUACAUGGACAACAUACCAACAGAGCUGGAGGCUCGUCCACCUGCAUUUCUGAGUCUGGAGACUGAACUGAGCGACAUCAUGACAGGGGAUAUGACUCUCCGGUGUAACGUCUCAGACGGCAGACAGUGGAACUACACCUGGUACAUGAACGGACAGCAGCUCAAUGGAUCCUCGGAUGUACUCAAAGUGACAGGAAAUGAAGAAACAAUCAAAAGUGAAUUCAAGUGCAAGGGCAUAAACACAGUGAGACCGCUGUACUCCGCUCUGAGUGACGGCUUCAUAGCCAAUAAUAUUUUAUUUAAAAGAAAAAUACUGCUGGCCAUCUCAGGAUGUCUCGUCUGUUGUAUUGUAAUCCUGAUCAUUGGAUGCAUCGUUCUAAAAAUCACCCGUAAACCAGAGGUAAAAGAAACAGCACCAGAGGAUUUGUUUUUCUCAAUGACAGACUCCAAGAACCAAACUAUUUCACCCAUGAAGGAGUACAUGGACAACAUACCAACAGAGCUGGAGGAAUGUCAGGAAAAAGCAGUACUGAUCUCUGACUGUGCUUCAGCCAUUCAUGAGGAUAGUGUGAUUAAAGAUGAAGACACACCAGCAUCAGAAGCCAAUGGCCUGACAUCAUUUAAAGGACUCUGAAUCAUUUCACCAGCAAUCAACAUGCACUGAGGCACAGCUAAAUGACAUAUGCUUUUUUUAAAACGACUGCAUUAGUACAGCAUUUUGUCUAGCAGCAGCUGCACUUUUGUACACUUUUAUAAGCUGAAAACCAGCUUGUUUACAAAUUUAAAACAAAAACAAACAACAACAAAAAGUAGAACUGAACUGCAGUGUUGUAGAGACCUACUGCUAUAAAUGAAGACAGUGGUUGUAUGGGGAGAUAACGGACGGGAAGAAAUUAUAAUGAUCAGAAGUAAAAAUAAUAAUAAUAAUAAUUUUUUUGUACAUAUCUGUACAUACCCAAAACAUCUGUUUCAUAAUGCAAAUAUUACAACUC